AGACGCUCUGAACCCGGCCGUGUUAUCCCCUCCGCUUGGCGCUCCGCUGCAGGACAGAAAGGAAGCCAUGGCGAUCGUGGCCGCCCUCGUCGCGCCCACCGCCGCGACCGCGAACCCCCGUGGUAAUAAGCCCCUCAGGCUCAUCGCCGCCGCGCCGCCUCCUCGGCAAUGGCGCGCCGCCGCCGCCGCCUCCUCCUCGGCGGCGCCCGGGGUGGACCUCAAGGCGCUCCAGGCCGCCAUCGACAAGGUGUCCGCUUCUAAGAUCCGAACAUGUAUCCAGAAGGACGGCGAGGAGGUCAAACAGGCGCUGGACCAGCUGAGGGAGCUCGGGUGGGCCAAGCGGUGGAGCUCGCAGCCAUACGUGUCGCGCCGCACGACAUCUUUGCGAGAGCUCACCACGCUUGGGAUAAAGAACGCUGAGAACCUGGCGAUUCCGAGUGUUAGAAAUGAUGCGGCAUUCUUGUUUACGGUUGUCGGUACCACUGGAUUCUUAGGCGUUAUUGCAGGCCAGCUCCCUGGGGAUUGGGGAUUUUUCGUUCCCUACUUGAUUGGAAGCAUCUCAUUGAUAGUAUUGGCUAUCGGAAGCAUUUCUCCAGGUCUUCUGCAAGCAGCAAUUGGUGCAUUUUCAACCGUCUUUCCUGAUUAUCAGGAGAGAAUUUCUAGGCAUGAAGCUGCUCAUUUUUUGGUUGCCUAUUUGAUUGGACUACCAAUUCUGGGAUAUUCCCUGGACAUUGGAAAGGAGCAUGUUAACUUAAUAGAUGAGCAAUUACAAAAGCUAAUAUACAGUGGGCAGCUUGAUCAAAAGGAAAUAGACAGGUUAGCUGUAGUGUCAAUGGCAGGGCUAGCUGCUGAAGGCCUAGAAUAUGACAAAGUUGUUGGUCAGUCAGCAGAUCUUUUCACACUUCAGAGAUUCAUAAACCGGACUAGGCCGACACUAACCAAGGAUCAGCAGCAAAACCUUACAAGAUGGGCAGUCCUAUUUGCUGCAUCACUUCUGAAGAACAAUAAAGUGGCUCAUGAAGCUCUGAUGUCUGCAAUGUCCCAGAAGGCCAGUGUGUUGGGCUGUAUCGAAGCAAUAGAGAAUGCCUCUUGAUUGUAAUGGAACAUUUAAUUCCCUAACACGAUUGAAAUAGAUAUUGAUGAAAUUGAGAAAAAAAAACUCAAGAUCUGAAGGCAAGGAUAUUUGUUUUCUAGUGAAUGCCACCUGAAAUAGUAAAAUACGACACCUCGUUGUUCAGCAA